AUGUUGAAACUCCAAUCAGAGAAAAAAUCAAUAGAGCUGAAAGGCUGGUCAGAUGAAGAGAUUGAAGUGAGGAGUUUCCUUCAGUGUCUGCCUUACAUCUCACAGCUGAGUUUCUGUCCAGGGUGGUCUGAUCCCUCAAAGCUGAUCAAGUUCCUGGUGGGUCUCCUGUCUCAAGCAGCAGAGGGGGAGGAGCAGUCAGGAGAGAAGACACUGAAGCUGGUAUCAUCAGUGUGGACUUACACAACCUUCCCUUUCUGUGACGAGGAUGAUUAUGGUGCGUUGUUUCAAUGUGAUUUCCUGCUGAAUCUGUAUUCGCAUGUGAAGGACUAUGAGACUCAAACAGGCAAGAGUGUCCUUCCAGCAUUACUGCCAGUUUACCAGUCAGCUCCUGCAGUCUGGUUCAUAGACCUCUCAGAGAGAAAGGUCUCCCUCCUCCUAGAAGUGCUGAAACUCCAACCAGAGAAGAAACCAGUAGAGCUGAAUGGCUGGUCAGAUGAAGAGAGUGAAGUGAGGAGUUUCCUUCAGUGUCUGCCCUACAUCUCACAGCUGAGAGUGGACCUCACUCUUACCCCCAGCAAGAUCUCUCUGAAAGGAGCCUCUCUUCUCUUCACACAUGUAUCACAGCUACACAAGCUCAGGCUGAAUGUGGGCAUGGCAGUGAGACUGGCCAGACUGGCUUGGAGGACAGGGAGAGGGGGUUCUCCACUGACUGUCCCAGAGCUCUCCCUGGUCCUAAAGAGCAGCCAGCCACCAGAGAGAGUGUUAUCCAGGGCUCUGAGUAGUGUGGCGUCCCUGCUGAGACUCUGGACGGUGCAGUGUCUAGACCUGACUGACUUCUGCAUCCAGGGUCACUCUGUCAUCACACUGCUGUGUCACCAAGGCCCUCUCACUCUCAGACUGCACUCAGACACUCUGCAGCAGCUGGCUGUAGUUGUGUAUGAAGCUCAGGACAAGGACUUGACCCGGUGGUUCCUGGAGAAGGUUGGUGGAGACCUGACCUCCUGUAGGCUGGACUGGGAGGUGCUUCUCUCUCUGCUGCAGCAGUCAACCCACAACAUCACAGUGGACCUCAGGAAGAACAGGCUUCUAGAGAAGAACAUCUCAGAUCUUCUCCCCUUUCUGGGAAGGGUUAUAUUCAAGAGGCUCAGUUCCAGCUUUGUGAAGUCCACCAUCAGACAGAUCUAUGACAGUAGAGCCAGUGACUGUGUGUCCAGUUUGUUGAGGUCUUCAGACCAUUGGAUCAGCCUGAACAGCAGAGAGCUGGACAGAGUGGACUGUUACUGCGCUGUGUUUCACCCUGCAGCACAGCCACCAAGUCAAAGUCAACCUGCUGUGGACCUCCAUACCACCGGGGGGAGAUAGAGAGCAUCCUGCCUCUUCUGGACAGAGU